CCGCCCCCAGGCCUCGCCCGGCUCCUAGGCCCUUAGCCGGCUUCCCAGCCCCAGGAUGCGCUGAUCCGCCGGGGGGCCGAGGCCGCGCCAACUACAUGCAUGUCCCCCGGGGGCAAGUUCGACUUUGACGACGGGGGCUGCUACGUGGGGGGCUGGGAGGCGGGGCGGGCACAUGGCUACGGCGUGUGCACCGGGCCUGGCGCCCAGGGCGAGUACAGUGGCUGCUGGGCGCACGGCUUCGAAUCACUGGGCGUCUUCACGGGGCCUGGUGGACACAGCUAUCAGGGACACUGGCAGCAAGGCAAGCGCGAAGGGCUGGGCGUGGAGCGCAAGAGCCGCUGGACGUACCGCGGCGAGUGGCUGGGAGGGCUGAAGGGGCGCAGCGGCGUGUGGGAGAGCGUGUCCGGCCUGCGCUACGCCGGGCUCUGGAAGGACGGCUUCCAGGACGGCUACGGCACUGAGACCUACUCCGACGGAGGUACCUACCAAGGCCAGUGGCAGGCCGGGAAGCGCCACGGCUACGGGGUGCGCCAAAGUGUGCCCUACCACCAGGCGGCCCUGCUGCGCUCACCCCGCCGCACCUCCCUGGACUCCGGCCACAGCGACCCUCCGACGCCACCUCCGCCCUUGCCCCUGCCGAGCGACGAGGGAGGCAGCCCGGCCUCGGGCUCCCGAGGUGGCUUCGUGCUGGCUGGACCUGGGGACGCCGACGGGGUGGUGUCCCGAAAACGCACCCCAGCAGCCGGCGGAUUCUUCCGCCGCUCCUUGCUGCUCAGCGGGCUCCGGGCCGGCGGGCGCCGCAGCUCUCUGGGCAGUAAGCGGGGCUCUCUGCGCAGCGAGGUGAGCAGUGAGGUGGGCAGUACAGGACCUCCGGGCUCCGAGGCCAGCGGGCCCCCGGCCCCAGCCCCGCCCGCCCUGAUCGAGGGCUCGGCCACUGAAGUCUACGCCGGCGAAUGGCGCGCCGACCGGCGCAGUGGCUACGGCGUGAGCCAGCGCUCCAACGGGCUGCGCUACGAGGGCGAAUGGCUGGGCAACCGGCGGCACGGGUACGGGCGCACCACCCGCCCGGACGGCUCCCGCGAGGAGGGCAAGUACAAGCGCAACCGGCUGGUGCAUGGGGGGCGUGUCCGCAGCCUCCUGCCUCUGGCACUUCGGCGGGGCAAAGUCAAAGAGAAGGUGGACAGGGCUGUCGAGGGUGCCCGUCGAGCCGUGAGCGCUGCCCGACAGCGUCAAGAGAUUGCUGCAGCCAGGGCAGCAGAUGCCCUCCUAAAAGCAGUGGCCUCCAGCAGUGUCGCCGAAAAGGCUGUGGAAGCAGCUAGAAUGGCCAAACUGAUAGCCCAGGACCUGCAACCCAUGUUAGAAGCCCCAGGCCGCAGACCCAGGCAGGAUUCAGAAGGAUCCGACACAGAGCCCUUGGAUGAGGACAGCCCUGGGGUAUACGAGAAUGGACUGACCCCCUCAGAGGGCUCCCCUGAACUGCCCAGCAGUCCUGCCUCUUCUCGCCAACCCUGGCGACCCCCUGCCUGCCGGAGCCCACUGUCUCCUGGAAGGGAACGGGGUCCCUUCUCCAGCCCCAAAGCUUGGCCUGAGGAGUGGGGGGGGCCAGGUGAACAAGCAGAGGAACUAGCUGGCUAUGAGGCUGAGGACGAGGCCGGGAUGCAGGGGCUAGGGCCCAGAGACGGUUCCCCACUCCUUGGAGGCUGCAGUGACAGUUCAGGAAGUCUUCAAGAGGAGGAGGGGGAAGAUGAAGAGCCCUUGUCCCAGUUAAAGGCCCCAGGAGAUUUGGAGCCUGGGUCCGUAGCCACUCCAGCCCUGAGGGGCACAUCCUCCAGGGGUCCUGAUGCUGGACGCCUGAUGGAAGAACUCGAGGAGCCUGCUGCAACCGAGAGGCCUGCCCAGCCGGGAGCUGCCAACCUCCUGGUGGUGGGAGCCGUGGCCCUCCUGGACCUCAGCCUGGCAUUCCUGUUCUCCCAGCUCCUUACCUGA